AUGGUGUUCUACUUCUCCCUCAUUGUGUUGACGACUUUCCUUUUGGCUGAGAAAUCCAGAGGAGAUAGCCCAAGCCCAGCGUUGAGAGAAGCCUCGCUCUGGCAAUACUUUAAAUGGAGACACAUAGAGUAUGACACCUUCAAAUUAAGUUGGGUAGACCAAAGGUUGACCGAACUGGGCGUAACUGAUGUCGCAGUGUUUGCGAUACCAUUUUCUAAAUUCGGCUACCCCAAGGUCGCAAUUUCAACUGUCAAACAAGGAAAACUCACUCUCAGAGGACUGCUGCCCGACACAAAGUACGAAUUCACCACUAUCGCACUUCACCAUCGUGAUCAAGUUCUCCGUCGCACGGUUUACGGCACAACAGGACCACUUGGAAGGACUGGUCCGGGACGCAUCUUCCCUCCGCCUAAUAUUUAUUGUUAUCCCAUGAAGGAAAACGCGAUUAGGGUGGCUUGGGGAGUUGAGGAGAUGGGUGACCGCGGCGUGGAUAAAAUUAUUGUGAAAGCAAGAGCAGUAAAUGGCACGGGUCACAACAGGACGGAAAAAGUAUACGCGGGAGCUGCACAAGUCACUCUUGAGGACUUGACGCCUGAGACAUUGUACAGAGUUUCCAUGGAUGCUUAUCGAAAUGGAACUCUUAUUUUUGGUUCCGAACGUUUCAUCAAAACAUGGCCGGCAGGAAAAAGAGGACAAAAUUCUGCUAAGAACAUUGGCGUCUCAGAGACGCACACAGAAAAGUGGGCAAAAACUAAGGUGCUGGUGAAUCCCUUGAUCUCAAAGACGAAAUACAUGCAGCUGAAUUGGUUGUGA